UAUCGGUAAAGCAGAAGAAAAAGAAGACCAAAUAUUAAUGAAAGCAAGAAAAGACUAAAACCGUAAAACCCCCAAACCAAGAUGCUCGAGUCCCACUUCAACUUUUCCGAGGGCGAGCGAGGCAGCUUCUCGUGGCCGGACUACGUGGUGUUCGGCGGGAUGCUGGUGCUCUCCCUCGCCAUCGGCAUCUUCUACGCCAUCAGGAGCCGCAAGAAGGCCAACGACGAGUUCCUCCUGGGCAGUAGGAGCCUCAGCUGCUUCCCUGUGUCCAUGUCUCUUGUGGCAUCCUACAUUUCCGCGAUCCUUGUGCUUGGUGGACCAGCAGAGGCGUACUACCAUAGCGUCCAAUGGUGGGUCAUCUGCGCAGGUCAGGUCUCUGUUCCUCUGGCUGCCGUGGUCUUUAUGCCCUUCUUCUACGAACUAAAGCUAACAUCGGUCUAUGAGUACCUGGAGCUGCGUUACUCUUCCCGGGUCGUCCGUCUAGUCGCUGGGGGCCUCUUCAUCCUCGAGACUCUGCUGUACCAGGCGGUGGUGAUCUACGCCCCCGCCCUCGCUCUCGCCUCCGUCAGUAACUUCCCUCUUUGGAUUUCCAUGAUUGCUGUCGGGGUCAUCGCCUCGGUUUACACGGCCAUUGGAGGCCUCAAAGCUGUCGUGUGGACAGACGUCUUCCAGCUGAUCAUCCUGAUAGCCGGUCUCUUCGCCGUGGUCACGAAAGGCAUUUACGACCUGGGAGGUUUCGGUGUCGUGUGGGACAUCGCCGAGAGAAACGACCGUGUGGGAAUUCAAAUUUUUACAUACGGCUACGACCUCCUUCAGCGCCACACCGUCUCUAACCUCCUUAUUAACGAGGUCCUGAUGCAGUUGGCGCUCUUCGCUUGCACUCAGACGACCGUCCAGCGCUACUCGAGCACGAAAAGCCUCGCCCACGCCUACCUGUCAAUCUUCCUUACCAUUCCGUUCUUCGUGCUCCUCAUCUCUCUCACUAUGGCGGCGGGCAUCGUUCUGUUCGCGACGUACGAGGGCUGCGACCCCCUGGCGGCCGGACUCAUCACUAAGAAGGACCAGAUCCUGCCCUUCUACGUCAUGGAUCGCCUCAGCUCCAUCCCGGGCCUGCCGGGGCUCUUCGUGGCCUGCAUCUUCUCCGGCGCCCUCAGUUCCUUAUCCUCAGGCGUGAAUUCUCAAGCCGCAGUCACCUGGGAGGACGUUUUCUCGAGAAGGCCGGGUUGCGUUAGGUUGUCGAGCACAACCCAAGCCAGGAUCACCAAGCUAAUAGCGCUUGGCUUCGGCUUCCUCUCGACGGGCUUGGCUUUUCUGGCGGGGAACUUCGGCGGCCUCAUCCAAGCCGCCAUGGCCCUCACGUCCGGGGUGUCUGGCCCGAUGUUGGCUGUGUUUAUUAUGGCCAUAUUUCUCCCUUUUACUAAUUCUAAGGGCGCGACUGCUGCGCUGAUAAUAGGAACAGCAGCAGCUUUCACCUUCAGUUUCGGCAGCGCAGCCUUAGGCAUCAUACCUGAACUGCUGCCAACGUCCACCGACCUCUGCCCUGCCAACAUCACGCUGCCACCACCCCCUGAUUCGCCUCCGAUUCGAGCGUCUGACCUUGAGUACCCUGAGAAGAUCUUUGGGCUUUCGUACACCCAGCUGGGGCCUCUCGGCUUCGUGGUGGCCCUUGUGGUGGGCGUCUUCGUAAGUCUGCUGACAGGUCGGAAUCGGGGGGUGCGCGUAGAGAGGUCACUCGUGCACAAAUGGGUCAGAUGGAGCCUCCCUGAUCCAAACAAGGUCACGGACAGGGUCAAAGCUAACUCAUACAGCAACAGCAUUUCGACGCGGUUUUAAGCUUUAGGGCACGGCGUCUAUGAUGCUAUUUUGAUCAAAGUUCUAUGGCGUGCAGCGGAAGUACGUCUCGGCGCUCUGUACACGUGAGCCUAUAAUAUGACAACCUAUGUGCAGGUUUCAUGUUGAACAAAUUGUAAAAUCAUUCCACUCUCGGAGGUGACAGAAUACCUGGAGGUCCUGGUGGGCUACGCAAUCGAUACCUACCGCUUGAAAUAAGAUCGAAGACCAUAAGGUAAAAAAGAGGUCAGACCACUUAGUAUACCCUGAAUCAGCUGCGUCGAUGUAUGUAUAGACGAGAAAAGGCGAGGAUUCCAAGAACAAUGAAUCGACCAACACCUCAGCGCCCGCCGACGUCAUGACAAGAGGAGCGCCUUCGUCGUUCGCGUCGACGACCUCCGCCCCAAGUGAUCCCAAGCCUCCGUCAGUGAAUGAGGAUCGCGGAGAGAUGAGUUAGCCUAGCCCGUCGCACGGUUAGUCAACGAUAUGGAUGGACUGCAGCACAUGUAUAUAUAUGUAUAUAUUGUUAUGUAUCUCUUGUUCCCUAUACCCUGAGAACCAAUAAAGCGGAAAAGGCUUUAGUAUGUUCGUGUGUCUUAUUGUUUUGUUUUACUCUUUUGUUUUAUUUACAGUAAUAACCUAUAAAAAAUGUACCUUGCUGCCAUAGUCUAAUUUCUUCAAAAACGUUAUUGGAUCGAAUUACAAAUGACAUAUCAUUACCAGAAUGAUUUGUAAAAUUGGCUCGUACUAGUCGAUCAUUAGGGUUAUUAUAUAGCAGGGCCUCUUUGAACACAACAAUUGUUGUUUUAUUAUUAUUGUUUUGUUGUUGAUGCUAUUUGACUACUGUUCUUACUGAUAUUUGCAUUUUUUUUCUUUUAUAUGAUUAACUGAAUUGUUCUCUGAGUGCUCUCUUGUGGUUCUGCCAGCCACUUCAUCAACUAACUGUAAUGUUAUUGCCAGAAUAAGAUUGAUCACCUUUUCAAAUGUCAAAAAAAUCCUUUAAACAACUUAAUUUGUAAGUAUUAUUUAUAGCACAAUGUUAGUUUAUGUUGACAUAGCUGUGAUGUGCAGUAUGUGCAAUAGGUGGCAGAGUAUUCACUCAAUUUAGUCUGUAAUGAUUAAGUAUGAUCCUUACCAUGCAGCAUCGUCCGUACCUCGUGGCAUCGUAUUUAUCACGUCCCAGACAGGGAUGGCGCUAAUAUGUCGAGGAAAAGAAUCGUACUUUGACGAGAAAGUAACUAAAAUGUACUUAAGAGGUCCUGUAGUUUUCUGUACGAUGCUAAAGCUUAAUAUUAUUAUACCAUGUCGGCCGUUUAUUCACUUUCAUUGCCGGACUGCCGUUUAAUUGAUUUUAAUAUUGCAGAUUGCUGAGAAAACAAACACCAUUGAAAAAUAUGUAUCUAUAUGUUCUGAUUAUUUUGCAAUGAAUUUUGUUAUGUUGUUGUAUAUCUAUUUCCUAUUCGCAAAGACUAUGGUUUUCCAUAAACUGUUUUGUUUCUCUUUCUCAUUUUUCUCAUGUUACGCUAUGCCUUAUGUAAUAUAUUGUUGUUUUUGUACCGCUAAUCAUUAUGUUAUCAUUAAGCACUCUAUUAAAUAUUGGUAAUGCGA